AUGUCCGAGAUUAUAUAUACCAGCGUUAAACCUAAUGCAUCCAUCACUCUCCUUGGAGAUACCCCAUCACAGCCUUCCUGGAUCCAUCCACACUUAAUUGAUUGUAUCGAUCCCGUCAAGGGUCGCCAAUUUCGAGUGACGGACUUUAUUUCCAAAGGGACAUGUCUUCUUGUCGACCGCCCCUAUGCAGUUAUUCCCGUUGUUGACGAACCGUCUGUCAAUAAGAACCUUAUUUGCAAUAACCCUGCUUGUAAUCGUCGGGUAUCACUCGGUCCAGAACGAUCUUCAUGUCCCAAUGCUUGUAUAGCAGAUGUCGCUUGGUGCAGCGGCUCCUGCAAAGACCUGGAUCAAAUUCGCCAUGCUUUUGAAUGCACAUGGCUGAAAAGGUAUGCCAAGCCAAUUCGUUCAAAACGAGGUGAAUAUGAAUUCGGCAUGUUGUGGUUGAUUAUUCGUCUACUUGCCACACGACAGGGCGAAGUACAGAAUCCACAAUCAUCCACCUCUGACGCCGAAUCUUUCUCUCCUCGGUGGAAACAAGGUUGGGAUGGUAUAGAAAUGCUGUGCGGAUCUGCCGAUACCUGGGCUCAUGACAGAGUGCGAAAUUGGACCCUUCUGGCCAAAAAGUAUCUUCAGAGCAGUCAAAUAUUGCCACAUGGGCUAAGCACAGAUCGCGUCCUACACCUGAUCUGCCAAGAAGAGGCAAACUCAUUUGGUCUGUACCCAAGGGAAACCGGCGUUUUCCCUAUUCCAACCCCCGUGACCGAAAGGGGGGAGCAAUUUGCUGCUGCAGUAUACCCCACAGCGGCGAUAGCUAACCACUCCUGUUUGCCAAAUAUCGUCCACAAGCCUGAUGAUCACGGCCGUAUGGUGUUUACCGCUGCCCGAGACAUCAAAAAAGAUGAGGAAUGCUGCAUCUCGUACUUUGAUUUGACACAAUAUACCGACAUCGCCACACGUCGCCAACAUCUCAAAAACUCAUUCAGGUUUACUUGCAAGUGUGAACGAUGUGUCUCUGAGGAGCCCGUUGAGUCAUCAUCAUCAUGGGCCACGAUACCAAUAAUGGAUGAACAGUCAUUGUGA